AUGCCUGACCAGGAUGCGCCCUCGACUGCAGAUGAUGCGACGCCUACCACGCCUCCUCCAGCACCGAUUCCUGCCGCCGACCCGAAGCUGAUCGGACAGGCCCGCACGCCACCGCCGCUGCACCAUGCCGGGCCUCUCCCAUCAUCCCAAGACCUUUUCAAAAUAUCUCCCAUAGCCGCCUUGAGACUCCUAGCCUCCGGCACCGAGGCUCUUGUCCGUAUGACGGGCGAUAUUCCGCCGACACCACCGCCAUCGACACAUACCGUCCCUCAGAUGCGAGGAUUCCAGCAGGAAAAGGCAGCCAUUGCACGAUCGCACUCGGAGAAGAGUCUCGCCAGACUUCGCGAACAGGAGGAAGAAAAAGAAAAGGCGGCAGCGGCAGAAGCAGCAGCGAGAGCUCAUCACUCCUCCCGAUCGGAGACACCCUCUUCUUCGUGCUAUCAGCCAAUUGAUGGUGUUCACUUGCGGCAUACACCAACUCCUGCACCUCCGCCAGGCUCUCCCGAGCCAUAUAUCGUGAUAGGAGAGAAUUCACAACCUCUCAAUCUCCAGCACAGUGCCAUCACUCGAAAGUUUUACAGCAAAGCACCUCCACCCAUCAGCAUAGAAGAGUACCUGAUGCGGAUACAUCGAUGGUGUCCUAUGAGCUCGGCCGUGUACUUGGCAACAUCCUUUUAUCUUUUCCGAUUGGGCGUAGAAGAGAGGGCAAUACCAGUAACGCGGAGGAAUUGUCAUAGACUUCUUCUCGCCGGGCUGCGGGUGGCAAUGAAAGCUCUCGAAGAUUUGAGCUACCCACAUGCCAAAUUUGCCAAAGUGGGCGGCGUGAGUGAGUUGGAACUCGCCAGGCUCGAGAUUAGCUUUUGCUUCCUAGCAGGGUUUGAGCUUGUAGUUCGAGAGGAGCAGCUCAAAUUGCACUGGGAGUCGCUCAAAGAUGGUGCAAGCCUUGGCAAUCUCGGAGAUGGUGGAAGUGCGACUGAAGUUGGUAGAGUACCUGUGCUUAGAUUGGAGCAUAGGAGGAGAUUGGACGCCGAGGUGAAUGGCUGA